GGCACGUUCACGGCGGCUGCCACUCCGGCCCCUUCAAGGUGGUCUUGAUGAGCAUGUACAGAGACGUCAAUCGGCCCACCGUCCGUGUUUACUCCUCGGAGACUGGCAUGUGGGGCAAUCUCAUUUCUACAGAGGCUUCGUAUCAGCUUGGCGGCGAUGCCGAUAAUCCCGCGAUCCUCGUUGGUCACGCACUUUACUGGCUGUCCAGGAGAGAUGCAAUAGUUGAGUUUGAUCUGGAUGGGCAGAGCCUGGCUGUGAUCACAGGGCCUCCUGUUACAAAUGAUAUCCUCUGUCAGAACCAUCGGAUCAUCCCGGCUGAGGAUGGCGCCCUUGGCUUCGCUGUGUUGUCUUUUCCUUGCUUCCAAAUGUGGCGGAGGAAUGCUAAUGAUCAUGGUGUUGCCACAUGGGUGCCGUGGAAGACCAUUGAAAUUCAUACAAUUCUGGGGCUCCCUUCUCAGAUUGAUGCGGGGUGGAAAUGUCUGAUGGGGUAUGACGAGGAUAAUGAUGUUGUAUCUUUGCUUGUGGGCUACAGUAUCUUCAUGGUUCAACUUAAGUCGAUGCAAUCCAGGAAACUUCAUGAAACCAAGUUUAUCACUCAAUGCCAUCCUUUUACAAGUUUCUAUACACCAGGGACAACCAUUAAUGGUGGAUCUAAUAGAGCUGAAAUGUUGCAUGAUACAUAGGAUGCUUGCCUAGUUUUAUGGGCUAAUGUUCUGAAAUGGUUCAGCUGGU